GCUCAUUCACAAGCUUGUAGAGCUUCCACAUCAACAUUCGACACUACACCAUAGCGAGGCCACAGAUUUCCAUUUGGUGGGGAACAACUCCAAGUUUAUUGCGCUUCAUCCAAGUCUACUUCCGAGCAGUUCCUGGGCGGCGCAUCGAGUAAACCAGUGCAAAAGUUUGCUCUUGGAAAAUGGUAAACAAUGAGCGGGUUUUCUCCUGGCUGCCAUAGCCAGCAACCCUCGGCGGAAAGUGUGAAGAACUUGGAAACCGGCUACACAGAAGCCUACACCGAUAGAGUGGAUACGACAGAGAAGACAUCAGUCACGAGCCGUCAGCGUGGAGCCCACGCGCGUCAAGAAGAAGGAGCAGAAUUUUUGACAGCGCUGACAAGCGAUUCUUCUCCUGCGGAAAUGCCGGUCUCGGGACACGGCAUAAGUGAUGCGGCGGAAAAAGAGCGCGCCCUGCUAAGUUGGGAGCAAGCUCUGGACAGCGGGCUGCGAAAAAUCAAGCGAACUUCAUCCGAAUUGUCUUCGCACUUGAAGCCGCCACCGUAUUUUAUGGAGCUUGCGUUGCCUGAGCCUGAAGAUGAUGAUAAUUGUGAUGUUGAUGACGCUCGUAGAAGCGGACUUUCUGUUUUUCCUUUCUUUUUGCUGUGCCGUGUGCUUACAUAACUCUGGCUCCAUCAGGAGGUCGUGAUCUUCGAAAAAAUACUGUGUAGGUCGCUGUUUGAGCCGAAGCUUUCGCGGGUCCAGUAUUCCUGGCUUCCCAGUGCUGAGGAAAGCGACAUUGGGCCGUCUGCUAGCGUGAUGGCGUAUCUCACGGAAAGGUAGAAGAUAUGUGACUUGCAUAUUAUGUAGUAAAUUUCGCGAGCAAAUUAGAAUUACCAGUAAGUCAUGGGCGGAAACUUGUCCCGAUCCUCAGUGAUCAUUGGUAGCAGCAUCAAAGUUUAAUUUCCUUUCUUCCGCAGAACGCACUCUUUACGCGAGAGACGAACACAGGUACAGGCGGGAGCGGAUGCAGAACAAGAGCGCGGUGUCCGCUGCGUCGACCGACUAUUCUGCGAGUAGUGGGUCGCUGACUUCGUCGCAGUUGCGCUCGGCAAUCGACAAGCUGUCGCUGGAAAAGCAAGGCUCGUCCUCUUCGCGAUUGACGAGUGGGCGGAACACCGCGUCGCCACAAGAGGCGGUGGUUGGGGAGAAGGGCAAGAACCACCAGCCGGAACUACUGCACACAGCUCAACUAGUACAACACGGGGCGGCAACUACAUCAUCCAGCGCUUGCAGUUCUUCCGCCCGGUCGUGGACGGAGCAAUCGCUUUCGGCUGCCGCGGCCGCGCGGAUGAAAAACAGGGUUGACGGGAAUCUGGAACGGCAGCUCCAGAAGGUGGCGUUGCUGGAGGGGCCUCGGCGGGGCCGGCGGCCGGGGUCCGCGAGCUACAGUGCCAGCCAGCUGAAGCCACUACGGCCCGUUAGCGUCGACCUGCUUGGCGUGGCCCGGGGAGACGAUCAAGAAGAUGACGUUAUUCGAGCGAGGCACGAAAUUGACGCACCAGUCAUCAAACCAGCAGCUCGACCGCCAAACCACAACCACCAAGCCCAGCCGGACGGCGGUGCGCGCGAUUGCGGCGACGGCGCACGGAAGCAGCAAGUUGUAUACUCACUUUUGCUCAUAUGAUUUGCCCUGGUUUUUCGUUUUGCGCACAGUCUUCUUAGCAUGGCAUCGUCCUCGCCGAUAACGUUGUUGUUGAGUUCGUUGUGCAUCUAUGUGCAGGAAGAUGGUGGUAGUACUCAGAAUGUACGAUGUUUGAAAAUCAAAAUCAUGCUUGUGGUCGAUCAGCUGCAAGAUCGGCUUCUGAAAAUAGCAGAAAAAACAAAACAUGUGUGCAGCACUGGACCCCGCGCCGGUCCGAUGCAGAUGAACCUAGGCACUUGGAAGUAGUAGGCGCUGCACACGACCAUAAUGACAGUUCUGACGGUCUCCCGCCUCAACAAAGGGCUGCAGCAAGAGCGCGGGCGCUUUCGGGUCCCGGAGAUCCAGCGACCACACGGGCUCGCAGGUCGAGUUUGAAACAAGCGGCAAGCCUGAUUCAGUCGGACGCCGCCGUUCUGGGGAGGCGUGGUGGCAACCGGAAAAGUCGCGACCUCGGCUUCCGCGGUAAAAGGCCUGCGGUCGCGGGCAACGCCGGCCGGCACCUGAAAGAGGAGGUGCGGCGUGACAUCAUGAUCCAAGACUGGAUGGGGCUGAUCCAACCACGGGAUUCCCGUGGAUCCCAGUCCAGUCGCUGCUGAAUUUCCGUGCCGGAGUUCUUGCCCGGCUGACGCCCUAGCGACGGUGGAUGGAACCGCCGAUUAACGCUUUCUUUCCGAUCUGAGAAUAAAGAUUGAGAAUCUUCUCACUAAGUGCAUUGAGAAUAUAGCAUCCAAGUUAAAUGUGACCCCACGCCUCUGCAAACGGCAACUCGGUAGGUCCUAUUGCCUCCGCCAGAGGGCUUAUCUCCUUGAUGUUGAUACUGGAACAUAGGAGGUUUACUUAAUCGAAAAUGAAGAAAUGGGUCGGAAUUGC